UUAAGUUGCAUUAGUAGGAAGUCGUUGUUGUAUCUGUCAUGACGUCAAACUAUCGGUACUCCUUAAUGAAACAGUAAUCAGCCAAAGAUAAUGGAUAAUCUACUAUUAUCGCGAGGCGCAAUCGUCAAUGCCGUCAACAACGACAGACGUAGUACUCUGCAACUGCUCGUGCUGAUAAGUCAGUGCGAGCUCUGCACUCUCCUUCUGGAUGCAGGUGCUUUUUUGUGGCCGACGCGAAAGAAAACACAUCCUUGCAUUACGCGGCAUUUAGAAAUUAGCAGGAGAUAAUGGAUCCAUUGUCAUCGCGAGGCGCAGCUAUAGAUGCCAUCAACGUCAGACAUAGUGCUCUGCAUAAGGCUGCGAAGACAGGUCAGCGCGAGCUCUGCACUCUCCUUUUAGAUGCUGGUGCUCCUUUGCAUGUGGUCGACCAAAACGGAUUCACGCCUUUGCAUUAUGCAGCAUACGGCAAUCAACCGGAAAUAGUGGAUCUAUUAUUAUCGCGAGGCGCAUCCAUCAAUGCCGUCAAUAAUGACAGAUGUAGUGCUCUGCAUGUGGCCGCGGAGACAGGUCAUCGCGAGAUCUGCACCCUCCUUGUGGACGCUGGUGCUUCUUUGAAUGUGGUCGACAAGGACGGAGACACACCCUUGCAUUGCGCGGUAUACGGCAAUCAGAUAGAGUUAACGGAUCUUCUGUUAUCGCAAGGCGUUUCCGUCGAUGCCGUAGAUAAUUAUGGACGUAGUGCUCUGCAUAUCGCCGCGGAGAACAGUCAGCGUGAACUCUGCACCCGCCUUCUGGACGCUGGUGCUUCUUUGCAUGUGGUCGACGAGGUCGGAAACACGCCCUUGCAUUGCGCAGCAUUUGGCAAUAAGCCGGAGAUUAUAACUUUACUUUUAUCGCGAGGCGCAUCCAUCAAUGUCGUUAACAACGGCAGAUGUAGCGCGCUGCAUGUGGCUGCAAAGAAAGGUCAUCGCGAGGUUUGCACUCUCCUUUUGGACGGUGGUGCUCUUUUGAAUGUGGUCGAUCGAAACAGAUUCACGCCUUUGCAUUACGCGGCAUACGGCGAUCAGCCGGAGAUAGUGGAUCUAUUAUUAUCGCGAGGUGCAUUUAUCAAUGCCGUCAACAACGGCAGAUGUAGUGCGCUGCAAAUGGCUGCGAAGAAAGGUCAUCGCAAGGUAUGCGCUCUCCUUUUGGAUGCUGGUGCUUCUUUGCAUGUAUUCGACGAGGACGGAAACACACCCUUGCAUUGCGCGGCAUAUGGUAACCAUCCGGAUAUAGUGGAUCUAUUAUUAUCACGAGGCGCAGUCGUCGAUGUCGUCAACAACGUCAGAUGUAGUUCUCUGCAUGUGGCCGCGGAGAAAGGUUAUCGCGAGGUCUGCACCCUCCUUCUGGACGCUGUAACGGAUCUGCUGUUAUCGCGAGGCGCUUCCGUUGAUGCCGUUGACAAUUACGGACGUAGUGCUCUGCAUAUCGCCGCGGAGAACAGUCAGCGUGAACUCUGCACCCUCCUUCUAGACGCUGGUGCUUCUUUGCACAUGGUCGACGAGAUCGGAAACACGCCCUUACAUUUCACGGCGUACGGUAAUCAGAUGGAGAUAACGAAUCUGCUCUUAUCGCGAGGCGCCUUCGUCGAUGCCAUUGAUAAUUACGGACGUAGUGUUCUGCAUAUCGCUGCGGAGAACAGUCAGCGUGAACUUUGCACUCUCCUUCUGAACGCUGGUGCUUCUUUGCAUGUGGUUGACAAGGUCGGAAACACUCCCUUGCAUUACACAGCAUUCGGCAAUAAGCCGGAGAUAAUGGAUUUACUUUUAUCGAGAGGUGCAUCCAUUAAUGCCGUUAACAACGAAAGAUGUACUACGCUGCAUGUAGCCGCGAAACAAGGUCAUCAUGAGGUCUGCAUCCUCCUUUUGGACGCUGGUGCUGCUUUGCAUGUAAUCGAUCAGAACAGAUUUACACCUUUGUAUUACGCGGCAUACGGCAAUCAGCCGGAGAUAGUGGAUCUAUUGUUAUCGCGAGGCGCAUCCAUCAAUGUCGUUAACAAUGGCAGAUAUAGUGCGCUGCAUGUGGCCGCGAAGAAAUGUCACCGCGAGGUCUGUACUCGCCUUUUGGACGCUGGUGCUUCUUUUCAUGUGGUCGACGAGGACGAAUCGCGAAUUGACACCAAGAUCUAACCGUGACCGUAGAAAGGGAUCUCAAAUUUAUUUGUGUUAUACACAUACGCGAUUGAGUUCGAAUUAAUAUCUAUUCUUCUUCAGUAUUUGCUAUUAUUAGAUUAAAUUUUAUUAAAUACUUGUAUUUUUUAUUACUUUAUUAUUUAAUUUUUUAUAAGUUUUGUAGAGAUUUUUACAGAGAUUUUUCUUAUGGUCUAACAUUGUGAGUGUCACUGAAAAUCUAAUAUGUAUGUGACAUGAACUAUAUAUUUUCAGUACGUAAUUGAAGUACAAUCUUUAGUGCAUCCUUAAGGGGGUAUUCUAGUCUAAAGGCCAAAAUUUUUAUACUAUUUUUGCGAAUUUUUUUACAAGAAAAUAUAAAUAUUUUUGGAACGAGGUUUUUUCCUACA